ACAUUUAAAAACAAUAAAUGAUUUAAUAUUUUGGCCAACCAUACACUAUCCGCAAAGGUCGAGAACUUGCGACGUCGUUUUCAGGCAAUGAUGAAAUGGCAAGUUGUUUUGAGGACGUAGUUUUGGUUUGACGUAGAAAAUGAUUAUAAAAGGGGUAUGAGUUGGGGAGUUUGGGCGUUGCAAGGAAGCGAAGCGAAAUAGAAAGAUAGAGUGAUUUGUUGUAACUGUUUUUGGUUUGAUUAGAAUGGCGUCGGAGAAACAAGUGAUGAUUGUAGGCAUAGAUGACAGCGAGCACAGCACCUAUGCCUUGAAGUGGACUUUGGAUCAUUUCUUCGCUGAUCCAAACCGAAUCUUCAAACUCGUUCUCGUUCAUGCUCGCCCUUCUGCUACGUCUGCCGUUGGCCUCGCUGGUCCUGUCUAUUCAGGAGCCGCUGAUAUUUUGCCUAUUGUCGAUUCCGAUUUGAAAAAGAUUGCCGCCAGAGUUGUCGAUAGCGCUGUACAACUCUGCAACGAUAAAUCCGUAACCGAUGUAAUAACCACAGUGGUGGAAGGUGAUCCUAGAAACGUUCUCUGUGAUGCCGUGGAAAAAUACCAUGCUUCCAUAUUGGUUGUGGGCAGUCAUGGUUAUGGGGCUAUAAAAAGGGCAUUUAUAGGCAGUGUGAGUGAUUAUUGUGCUCAUCAUGCUCACUGCACUGUGAUGAUCGUGAAGAAGCCAAAAACCAAACACUGAUCCACAGUGGCAGCGUAUAUGUAGUACAGCAAUAAACAUAAUCCUUUCGGUCAAAGGAAAAAAAAUAAUGUUAUAAGAGACUCGUAAGUAUUUGUUCUAUGGCAAUGCGAUGUUGUCUUUUAUGGUACAAUGCACUUUUUAUUUUUAACGAUCGAACCGUUGAAAAAUAUGUACCCCCCCCCCCCCCACCCCAAAAAAAACAUUAAAAUUUGUACAUGAUAAGUUGUUGGAUUAAUGUGUAUCCAUUACUUACGCUUGGUUAGGGUCUGGUUGGGCAUCAAACUGUGAACACUAGCAAGUAGUGAGUGUUCCCAAUUCAGUUUGGAUUAACUUUUAAGUCGAAAAUAAAAAAGUUAUGGUCUAGCUUC